UCCACAACUCUGCGACACUCUUUAAAGUCUCUCUCUCUCUCUCUUUUUCCUAAGCAUAUUAGGCACAAUCUUCUUCCUCAAGGCAUGAACAUGUCUUCUAAUUCCAUGGUUCCUAUCUCCUCCUUCCUGUCCUCCUCCUCCUCCUCCUCCUCCUUUUGUUCUACAUCAAUUGUUCCAUCCAAUGAUUAUGAAAGACCAGACAUCAGUUCCAUACAGGUACUCGUUGUUUCAAUCAAUAAUUACAUCACUGAACUGUUAGGAAAUGCUGAGGCUAGGAGUUCUCUACACUUGAUAUGCACCUCAAAGCUGAAAUAUCAAAAGCAGGAAUUCUUCAAAUUCGACGAGCAAUCUGUACUGGCAAACUUUUACUGGGGCAUUAACAGCAUUGAAUCUGCAAUUCAAACAAAAAUGCUGGAAGAGACAGAUUCUCGACUGAGGAAGUCAGAACAAAUGCUUCAGGUCCCAGCAUUGCUUGAUAAGCAAGAUUUCACGGCCGGAGUUCCAAACCGUCAUUUGGUGUGUUGCUCCUACUUUUACCUCUCGGUAGUUAGCAACCUCCAAAAAGAUGAGUGGCAGGCUGCUCUGUAUUUCAUCCAAGCGCUUUUGGUGUAUCCAAAACUUGUUCGAACAGCAUUGGCACCGCGACUUUGUGAAAGUAUUAUUCCUUCACGCCCUGUAGAUGAAAAGAAGGAAAUUAUUAGAGAGAGAAGCUUGGGCUCUACGUAUCUCGUGGCGUCUGAAGAGGAUGAUUAUAGUGACCAAAUAAGGCAGAUGGCAAGGAGCUACAAAGACUGGUUAAUAUACUAUCAGGUCAUGUCAUACGGACGGACUCCUCGGUGGCACUGUGGCUGCAGAGAUAUUCCAUCCCGGGACAGAAAAUCACAAUAUAAGACGCAUACAAUACCUGCCAGCUCUGAAUCUUUGAGUUCAAUUGAGCAAGGACAACUCAGCAUGCGGAAUUAUUAUAAUUAUGAGAAGGUGCAUCCGCUUGAUCCUCACGAUGUAAUAGAUCAAAUGGUGGAAAAACCUAAGGCAUCCGCUGAAGUUCCAGAGUAUGAAGACCAUAGAAAUCCAAGUAUCAGAUGCCUAAAGGAGUUAGUGCAGGAGUCACAGUCAGAUGCAACUGCUUCAGUAGGUUCAUGGUACGAUGAUUCAUUCUACGAGAGUGACAUGGAGGCAGACAUGGAUGGAACUAAAUGCUCAGGAAGAAUCCCAACAAUAAAUGCUGUUGACCGACGACCAGAAGUUUGUGAUCAGAAGGUGCAGAGUCCUUGCUCAACAUCAGAACCAGAACUUACAGCAUUAUCUUUGCCAUGCGCUCCUAAGAAUCCAAUGCCCAACAUUGAAGCCAUCAGUGAAUUAAGCGCAACCAUUAUGCAAGAUAGAGAUAAAAAAUCAUACACCAUUCGAAAUAUCCAUGCAGACAAGGAAUCAAAUCAAACAUUAAAUCCACAUAAAUUCCUGUUCUUUGAUCAUAUAGCAUCUUCUACAUCGCUGCAGAAACAUAGGAUCACCUUGACAAAUCAUCAAGGAAGUCAUGCCAGAGAUAUACAGAACUCAAGUAGCUGGAAAAGCUUCAAUAAAGUUAGUUCACAUUCUGGAAAAGACUCCACCAGUGAGCUAUUGGGGAUAUUUGAAAAGACAAUUCCAAAGCUGUGUUUCUUCGGAGGAUUAGGAAAAAGUGAUGACGAUUAUGCAGAGGAAGUUGCAAAAUUUUACAAAAUGUUGAACAACAAAACAGAAAUAAAAUACGGUAUGUUCAAGGAUGUAAUUCUGGAUCAGUUGCUUGCAGGUAUUUCAACUUCCAAAGAGGAAAGAGUGAUUAGGGCAUCAGUGUCUAUACUCACAGCAAUCAUUUCAGCAAACAAGUCAGCUAUCGAAGACAUAAAGAAAAAAGGCUUACAGCUACAUGUUUUGGCAAGUGCUCUAAAGCAAAACGUGCAUGAGGCUGCAAUUCUAAUCUAUCUAAUAAAUCCAUCUCCUGGGGAGAUCAAGACAUUAGAAAUAUUACCAGCACUGGUGGAGGUCGUGUGCACCCCAGGCAGUUACAAGGGUGGGAUGGCAUCGCUUCUGCCGACACCUCCUGGAGCAUCACUUAAGAUCAUUGAAGUAUUAGUAACUGCAUUUGACUACACGACCAAUAACAAGCACUUGGCUGCAAUCAGUUCUCCUUGCAUUAUUUCCAGGCUCCUAGAUGUAGCAAGAACUAAUAAUCUGAAUGAGUUUCUCUCUUUGGCCACUGUUCUUAUAAAGUGCAUGCAAUUUGAUGGGCAAUGCAGAAAGUAUAUAUUGCAAUUUACUCCUGUGACUCGAUUCAUUCUGCUACUACAAAGUAACAAGAAUCAUGACAAGUUCAUAGCACUUGAGUUUUUUCAUGAGAUCCUUCGAAUACCAAGGUCAUCAGCCAUUAGCUUGUUGCAGAAAAUACAAAAAGAAGGAAGCACCGAUAUUAUGCACAAACUAAUGGAUUGUCUCCAACAGCUGCAACCCGAAUACCAACUUUUGGCAGCAAAUGUACUUCUUCAAUUGGACACAAUGAAUAACUCACCUGGCAGAAGCGUGUUCGGAGAAGAGGCUAUGAAGGUUGUUCGGAAGCACCUGGCAUCUGAAGAAGGAUCUUCUAUGCAGCUGUUAUCUGCAUACAUCCUAUCAAAUCUUGGUGGAACAUAUGCUUGGACAGGGGAACCAUAUACAGUAGCUUGGUUGGUUAAAAAAACUGGGUUGGCCUCUCCAUAUCACUGCAACAUGCUGAGAAACUUUAACUGGUUAGAUAAAAGCCUGCAGGAUGCUUUCACAGACUCAUGGUGCAGCAGGAUUUCCAGAAGCAUCAUUAACAUUGGGAAUCCUAUCUUCCACGCAUUAGAGAAGGGGCUAAAGAGCAAGAUAAGGAUUGUAUCUAGGGCUUGUCUAAUAACCAUUGCAUGGCUUGGAUGUGAAAUAACAAAGUGCCCAGAUGGCAUACGAAAUUCUGCAUGUGAGAUUUUACUAAGUGGCAUUGAGCAAUUUUUGCAUCCUGGAUUGGAGCUUGAAGACAGGCUUCUAGCAUGUCUCUGCAUCUAUAACUAUGCUUCUGGCAAAGGAAUGCAAAAAGUAAUUUAUUUCUCCGAAGGAGUGAAGGAGUCACUAAGACGCCUUUCAAGCAUAACAUGGAUGGCAGAGGAAUUGCAUAAAGUAAUCAAUUAUUACCAACCGAACAAAUCACGUAUUUCUUGUGUUCACACACAAAUCAUGGAAUCGGGUCUCAAAUGCAAUGGAGCUGUAUGUGCCCUCAUCUACUACAAGGGACUGCUUUACAGUGGAUACUCAGAUGGUUCAAUCAAGGUGUGGGAUAUCAAGGGGCAAUCAGCCAUGCUUGUGUGGAACAUGAAGGAGCACAAGAAGGCAGUGACAUGCUUUUCACUUUUUGAACCAGGAGAUAGCCUUUUAAGUGGCUCUGUUGAUAAAACCAUCAGGGUUUGGCAAAUUAUUCACAGAAAGUUGGAGUGUAUUGAAGUAAUAGCAGUGAAAGAACCGGUUCAGCACAUGGAUGCAUAUGGUGAAAUGAUUUUUGUAGUUACUCAUGGCCAUGGGUUGAAGGUAUUUGAUGAAUCAAGAACAGUCAAGGAGAUUGGCAAGAACAAGAAUGUGAAGUGCAUGAGGGUGUUUCAGGAAAAGAUUUACGUAGGCUGUACAAAUUCAAGCAUACAGGAGUUUUCUACAACAAACGACCGGAAGCAUGAAAUUAAAGCACGGGCAAAGGGUUGGAAGAGCCAAAAAAAGCCCGUCAAUUCAAUUGUCGCGUAUAAAGAUUGGCUUUAUUGUGCUGGUGCAACUGUCGAAGGUUCAAGUUUUAAGGAAUGGAGAAGACAAUGCAAACCCCAAAUGUCAAUAGCAAUAGACAAAGGAGAUCAUGUGCUGGCGAUGGGAGUAGUUGAAGACUUCAUAUACCUAAACUGCAGCUCAUCGACACACUACAUUCAGAUCUGGUUGAGAGAGACGCACAAGAAGUUGGGGAGGAUCUCAGCGGGCAGCAGGAUAACAAGCCUUCUCACUGCCAAUGACAUGGUACUAUGUGGUACAGAGUCAGGGCUAAUCAAGGGCUGGAUUCCGUUGUAGAAGAAGAUUUGCAACACCAAAAUUCAACUUUCACCAAACCAUCAAGCAUGCACCCUGUAUAGAAGUGUGGAUUUGAUUUGUUGUUAUUACAACGUGAAAAGCAAGUGUUAAAUAUAUGUAGAUCUCAAAGGGGAAGAUCAGAACUAUACUGUAUAAUUAUUGAUAUUUUCACAGAGAAUGUAAUGUUGUAUACCGUGUAAGAUAUUAAGGGACAGGGGCUAUGAAUGUAACUUGCGAAAGAAAGAACAGAUUGUAAAAGGUUGAAACAAUAUGAAGAGACUUGAAGAAUAAUAAUGUCUCACAGGGUUGAUGGAA